ACUGGUGCUGAACCCCGCCGCGCGCGCUUUGAAUUUCCCAGCCGCUAAGCGCCUCUCCUGGUCGGUGUCCCAGGCAGAAAGGUGCAGAGACCCAUCUGACGCAGGACUCCAGGUAGACAAGCUCCAGCAGAGAGUGGCCAGAUGUGGUGCCUGGAGCGACUCCGCUUGGGUCCUGAGUGCCUUCGGGGGAGCGGAGACUGGCUUCUCCCGGGUCGGGCCCGCGGAGCCCAGUCUCGCACCACCGCCGCGUGCGCAAAUGUGCUCACUCCGGACCGCAUCCCCGAGUUCUGCAUCCCGCCGCGGCUCAUGCCCCGCCUGGCCUUGGCUGCGCUCCGGAAUUCUUGGGUCGAAGAAGCAGGGAUGGACGAGGGCGCCGGCCGCACAGACUGGGACCCGCGCUCUCAGGCAGCGCUGUCACUGCCGCACCUGCCCCGCGUGCGCACCGCCUACGGCUUCUGCGCGCUGCUCGAGAGCCCGCACACGCGCCGCAAGGAGUCGCUCCUGCUCGGGGGCCCGCCCGCGCCCCGGCCCCGGGCCCACACAUACGGCGGCGGCGGCGGCCCGGACGCCCUCCUGGGGACCCUGCGCGUCCCGCGAGCUCCGGGCCCGGCGACCCCCGCGGCCCCCGGCUGUCCCCGCCCACCCCAGGACGCGCUCGCCCGGCGGCCCCGCGGCUGCAGCCUCCUGCGCGUCCCCGACGGGCUGCUGAGCCGCGCGCUGCGGGCUGGGAGGAGUCGCCGCCUGGCCCGCGUCCGCUCCGUCUCCAGCGGGAACGAGGACGAGGAGCGCCGCGCGGGCUCCCAGUCCCCGGCCCGGGCCCCCUCCGCGAGCCCGCCGUCAUCCAGGGCCCCGCUUCCUGAGCGCCUGGAGGCCGAGGGCACCGUGGCUCUGGGCCGCGCCGGCGACGCCCUGCGCCUGGCCGCCGAGUACUGUCCGGGAACCGGGCGUCUCCGCCUCCGGCUGCUCCGCGCCGAGAGCCCGGCCGGAGGCGGCCCCGGGCCCCGCGCCGUCCGCUGUCGCCUCAGCCUCGUCCUGCGGCCGCCGGGCACCGCGCGUCGGCAAUGCAGCGCUGUGGUGGGGCGCAGACGCAAGGCUUCCUUUGACCAGGAUUUCUGCUUCGACGGCCUCUCGGAGGACGAAGUGCGCCGCCUGGCCGUUCGAGUCAAGGCCCGGGACGAGGGCCGCGGCCGGGAGCGGGGCCGCCUGCUGGGCCAGGGUGAGCUGUCCCUGGGCGCCCUCCUGCUGCUCUGAGGGCCCAGCCCUCCCCGGGGCGCUCUGCCCGGGGGACUCCGGACACUGACAGCCGCGUGGUACAAAAUAAACGUGUAUUUGUUGUUCUCA